AUGGAUUUUUCUUGGAUCGUUGACACGAAAAUGAAAGCCACCAAAGUCCAAAACCAAAACAUUAAAAGCGAGAUCAACGCCACCACCCAAGCUUCUUUAUCCACCAAAACAACAAUUUCAAGUCUGCCAACAGAUUGUUUUGACAAAAUAUUAUCCUUUAUCCACGACAGGCAUAUAUUAUUUUCCGCUGCUUUAGUCGAUCGAACUUGGUGUAGAUUAGUCAUCCCGAAAUUGUGGAAAUCCACUUCUUACAAUAUUUGCGAUGCUAAAAAAGGGAUAAGUAUUAGCGAAACAUACAUCAAAUGUAUGAACGACGAGGAACGGCAAGAAUUGAUCAAUUCCGGAAUCACCGCUGUGGAAUCGUAUCCUCGCGCCUUAUUUCCAUAUGCUAGCUUCAUCAAGAGACUUGAUUUGAGUGAACUUGAACAGGUCGUUUCCUGGUUUACAGCAGAGGAAGAUGGUAAUAGAGACGACCCAGCUAUUCUCACGAGCCCGAUCUGGAAAAUUAUUUUAAAGGAAUGUGAAGAUGAUGAUGAACCGAAAAUGUUGGAGAGAAUUAUGACACAAAUCCAUAAACUCAUUUUCAGAAGCACAAAGAAUUUGGAAUAUAUUAGAUUCUGUGGAGAAGACUCUUAUUCCCUUCCAAAUAUCGCCGAAUUUCCUAAUGUAAAAGAAGCAAUGCUGAAUCUCCAAGAAAUUAUGUUUAGCUGCGCCACAUCUGAUAGAAAUUGUAAUUAUGUCGUUAUUGGAAAUUUGAUUAAUGUAUUGAAGUCGUGUUGUCGCGGUAUAGAGGUUCUUCAAGUGGAUCUCGGAUUUAUUCGGAACAGAGCUCGCAAAGAUUUGUGCGAAUUAAUUGAAGCACAGAAUGGAUUGAAGCACGUACUUUUUUAUGGUUUUGAUGACGAGGAAAGAACACUUAUUAAUGCUCUCAGCUCUCAAAAGAAUUCGCUUGUUUAUCUUGAAUUCGUAGGUUAUUAUUUUUCUGGUUGGUUAAUUAAAUUGUUGGAAAAUCUUGGAUUGUUCACCAAAUUGGAAGGAUUGACGUUCACUCAACAAUUUGAAAUAUCUAAUGAUGAAUAUAAUAAUGAAAGGUUUUCGACUUUAGUUGAAACUCCCAAAUGCCUUCGCAAUUUAUACUUUAGUGACUACAUGUUAAACUUCAACAAUUCGACCAUGUUUGAUAAUAUAUUCUUGUUCCCAUUACUCAAAAUCUGUGGUCCUGCUCUAAAAGAACUCACUCUUAAGAGAAGUUACGGCAAAGGAUUGUUCGAUGUAAUUUCGGAGUACGCCAAAACCCUUGAAAUUUUGGAACUCAACCUUGAAGUAUCCCACCUUUCAUGUUUCCUUCACAUCCUCUCUGCACUUGAAAAAUUGGAGCAUCUAUGCAUUGCAGAUUUCAAGAAAGGACGUGUUGACAUUUCUUACUUCUGGGUAGAAUUAGGAAAACGAGUGAGCAUCAACCUGCAAACUUUGUACUUUAAUGCGAUAACUUCAGAAGAAUUAGAUUUGGUGCUUUCAAGUUUAGUCAAUCCAAUUAAAGAGCUGGGACUUGGAAGAAGUGAUGAAAUGCAUUUGAGAGUUAUUCGCAAAUUCUGUAAAAGAAGACAAGUUCGUAUAAAGUUGUGUGUGUGCUUUCCACCUUUUGUUUCCAACAAAAAUUUACUCGAGGAGAUCAAAGAAUGGGUGGAGAUUGUGAAUAUAGAAGAAGGGUUUUACGGGAGAAAUAAAAAGUAUAUGGGAACUCAUUAG